AUGAAAGUUAAAAACAAACGUCCAUAUAAUAGGUCAGAGACAUGUACACGGAGUAGUGCUAAUAGUAAUACAAGUUCUACAACGAAUAAUACGAAUAUUUCAUCAGUAUAUAUUUCUAAUAAAUUAAAUGAACAAUUAGAUCAAUCGGAUAAUAAUAAUAAUAACUACCCUGCCUCAACAAACAAUUCACUAAAUAAUAAUGAUAUUAAUAAUAAAAGUCAUAAGAAAUCUAGUAAUUCAACAAGUAAAACUACUAAAACCCGUCAUAAAUCAAGUAAACACACAAAUUCUUCAUCCUCUUCAUCAUCAUCACCUUCUACUUCAAAUAAUAAUAAUAAUAAUAAUAAUGCUAAUAGUACUGUAUCACAAAUAAGUGGAACAUCAUUGAAAAUCACAAAUCGUGGUGGACGUACACAUGUAUCAUCUAUAAAUUCCAUUACUAAUACUAUGACUACUACUACCACUACUACUACUACUACUAAUACUACUACUAAUAAUCAUACUACUAAUAAUCAUACUACUACUACUAAUUAUAGUAAUAAUUUAAUAUCAAAUACAAUACGUAUAACAAAUUCUAAAACAAAUUGUUGUACAUUAAAUAAUUAUUCAUUAACUACAUCAACUUCAUCAUCUAUUAUUUCUAGUGGAAUUAAUGAACCAAUUGAUCCAUAUGAAUUUGCUGUAAAAACUGACGAAUCCAUUCAUCAAUGUGGAUUGAAUGAUAGUUUAAUACCAAUAAAACGAUUAAAAUUAGAUAGAAAUGAUGAACGAUGUAGCACACUGACUACUGAUUCAGCUAGAAGUAGUCCAAUGUUACAUACUACUACAAUCAAUAAUACUAAUCGUAAUGAUAAUUCCUUUAAUCAUUCAAGUCCUGGUCCCAAUUCUCCACCUCUUGCUCAAUCCUGUACACGUCCAUUAUCUGUAUUCACUGAUUUCUCUAGUUCAAAUAAUAACAACACCAAUACUAUUACUACUUCUACUACUACUACUACUACUAACAAUAAUAACAUUAAUGGAAGUAGUAUUGGAAGUGGGAUUACACGCCGUAAAUCAGAUAUUGUAGAUGCUACUCCUGUUAGUACUACUGAUAACAUGACAAUAAAUUCGUCUACAUCAUUAUCACCUCAUAAUUAUUAUACAACUAGUGAGAUCAAUGCAAAUAUAUCAAUUACAUCAGAUUCAUUAAUCUCGUUCCCAACACAGUCAAAGUUGACUGACACUAGAGCUGAAACUCCGUCUACCAUACCAGCUAGUGACCCUUCAUUAUGUGAUACUACAUCCAAUGUCACUAUCUCUGUUGAUAAGAAUAAAAAUGAUAAUACAUCUAUUAAAAUGAAUCGCAUUAUUGACACUACUCAUGAUAAUAAUCAAACAUUAAGUAGUAUGCACAAUCCUUCAUCUUUCACAUCGAAUCCAAUGUUGAAUAAUUCCGAAAAAACUCACCCAUCAGAAACAUGGAUUAUUUCACAUUCCCCCGCCUCUUCCUCUUUCUCCUCUUCCCAACCACCAACCCCACCACCACCAUUAGCAAUGACGAUGACAAUGACAACAACACCAACAACAGUGGUGUCAUCUCAGCUAACAUCGAAUAGUUUGCCCUCAUCAUCAUCAUCGAUACAAUCUUCAGUAAAAUCGCCUUUGAUGAUGUCAUCAACUAAUACCUCAACAUUGUUACCUGUCACCACCUCCGUUUCUCUAUCCUCCUCUUAUGCAUUGUCAUCUUCAUUAGCAACAACAUCACUAAUCCCAUCUAGUCAACUGUAUACGACGUCGUCGUCGUCGUCGACUAUUACUACUGCCAACACAACGUUUCCAACAAUUCUACCAGAACGGCGAUGUACCGGUGUCAAUACUCUACUAGAUAAUUCCAAGGCUACAUUAACUGAACCAGAUUUAUUAGGACCAUGUGAACCGGGCACUACAAUUUGUUUAAAUGGAAUUGUUUGGUUAGAGACUACAACUGGAGUAUUAGUUGUCAAUGUGACAUGGAGAGGUCGAACGUAUAUUGGUACUUUGUUAGAUGCAACACAACAUGAUUUCGCUCCACCUUGUCCAAGAGAUUACAUACCUCCAUUUAAAUCAUCAAUACGAUCUAGUAAUCGUACAAAACGUCGAACUGGAGUUGGAACAAAUUACAAGUCAAAUUUAACAAAUCAUCUUACAACGAAUGAUUGUAAUUGGAAAUCUACUUCAACUGGAAGACAUCGAUUACGUGGUCGAGCUUCAAAUUCACCUGCAGUCAAUAAUAAUAAUAAUAAUAAUAAUAAUAAUAAUAAUAAUAAUAAUAACAAUAAUAACAAUAAUAAUACUAAUAAUGGUAUGGAGACUAUUUCAACAACAAAUCGAUGCAAUACACAUCAUUUAACAAAAAUCGAUACUGAGAAAGAAUUAAUCAAUGAUAAUACUAUUCAAGAGGAUAAUGAUUUAAUUCAAUGUCUUCCUCCUCAUAUCUCUGAUGAAGAACAACUAACACGAAAUAGUAAUCAUAGAAAAAUGAAGUUACAUAAUAAAAGUCGUAAACUAUUUCGAGGUAGUAGUACAUCAUCUAGUGAUUGUCCAUCGGAAAUUCUACCAGAUCUUGAAAAAUUAUCUGAUAUUGGAGAUUUCACUAGUAAAACUGAUGGAAUACUUUGUGAUUCACAAAAUCUUGAUCAUUCUCGAUCACAUACUCCAUUAUGUACAAAUAAUAAUCAUAAUGUGAAUACUAAUACUACUAUUAAUAAUAAUACUGAUAAUACUAGUAGUGAUCGUGUUUGUUUUGAAGAGAAUGAUGAAUUACAUGAAACAUUUCCAAUUGGUUGUCCAAUUAAUGGUUGUAAAAAACGUUUCUCACAUGUUCUAGCAUUACGUUUUCAUUUAAAUCAUACAUCCCAUUGUAAUUUAUUAGAUUCACAUAAGAAACGUCCUUCUAGUAUUGAUUUAAAGAAAAGAGAUUUCACUAGUACCAGCUCUAUUACAACAACAACAACAACAACAACAACUACUACUACUACUACUACUACUACUACAAGUACUACUACUACUACUACUACUACUAAUACUAAUACUAAUGAUAAUAAGAAUAAUAACAAUGCAGGGAAUUGUAGUUCAAUACAUUUGAAGUGUCCACCAACUAUUUCACCAUGUCAUCCUUCCAGUUCAUCCCCAUUAGCAACAGGAAUAACAACUCCAGGUCUAUUGAAUUCACUCGGUGGACCAUUAUUGUCAUCGUCAUCAUCAUCAUCAUCAUCAUCCUUGUCAUCCUCGUUACAGCAACAGUUAAAGCAAGAAUCUAAUCUAUAUGAUCCACAAUUGCAAAGUUGUUCAGUACCACAAUUAACAUGUGAAUAUAAUCGAGAUAUAAUAUCUAUACCUGUACAACAAAAUAACAUGUCUAUUCAUCAUAAUUAUAAAUUGUAUAAUAAAAAUGAACAGAAAUUAUAUGAUACAAAUAUAUCCAAUGAUUAUAUAAAUGUAAUAAUGAAUACCAAUAAUACUAAUAAUGAUAAUAAUAAUAGUAGUAUGAAUAGUGUAAUGCAUUCAGUUAAUAAACAACGAAAUAAUGAAAUAAAUAAGCAUUCUGGCAAUAAGAAACGUUUAUCUACAUCUAUGUCAUCUAAUACUACUAAUAAUAGUUCAGUUAUUGAUAUCACUUCAUUGAGUAAUUAUAAUGGUAAUAAUGUACGUACAGUAACAGCGCAUACAGUAUCAGUGCCUCAUGGUUGUUCAUUAGAGAUUGCCGGCAAUUCAAAUUCCCGAUCUAAUCAUCAUCAUCAUCAUCAUCAACAACAACAACAACAUCAUCAUCAUCAUGGACAACAACAAAACCAUCCAACUAACAAUGGUAAUUCAUUUCCAUGCUCUAAGCGAACAACUCCAACAUCAUCAUCGUCGUCAUCAUCAUCAUCAUCAUCAGCUACUCCACGUGAUUUCAGUAGUAAACAUAAAGGGGGACAACAACAACAACAACAGUUAUCAAAUAAAUUUUCUUAUCAAAAUAUAAAAACCGAUAAUAAUAAUAAUAAUAAUUCUACAGUGAUGAAUUAUUCUCGUUACAGUAGUGGUCCUUAUCAUUGUAGUAGUUUAGAGCAACCGUCAAUAAAAACUGAAUUAAACAAUGAUUAUAUGAUGAAUUUAACAAUGUGUCAUGCAUUAUCGAAUACUACCGCUACUACUACUACUACUACUACUACUACUACUAAUACUAUGAGUACAAUGUCAAAAUUGAAGAAUUUAACAGUUAACCAGCAAGAAUUUAAUACAUCACUGUCUAAUAAUAGUAAUAAUAAUAAUAAUAAUACUAUGAUUCCAUCGUUACUUUUUCAAAAUGCAUGGAAUCUUCAACUGCCGAAUUCGUCUACCUAUACACAGUCUAUGCCAUUGUCGUUUAAUAAUAAUAGUAAAGAGGAUGAAUUGAAAUCUAAUAUGAAUUCAUUAACUAAUGGUUUAUCAUCUUCAUUAUAUUUGCCCACAUAUCCAAAUAUGCCAACACUUACUUCUUCGGGUAACAUUGUUAAUAACAGUCCCAUAAACACAAUGCCAUGUUCAUCCACACCGUCAUUAUCCAUGCAUGAAAUGUCUACAAUAUCUCAACCAUUCAAUGAUAUAAAACAAUAUAUUCCAUCUAAUCAUCAUCAUCAUCAUCAUCAUCCACUUGGUACAAGUUUAAAUACUACUUCAAAUCAGAGUGCAGAUCUUAAUACUACUACUACUACUACUAGUACUAUUAAUAGUACUAAUAGUAUGUAUUAUGGUAUUCCAGACUUUUUAGUUGCUGCUUUAAGUACUCUAGCAUCAAAUGCUUCAUCAUAUUCCUGUAUACCGGAAGCUUUUAAAUCAUAUUUUAAUCAAAAUUCUUUGAUGAACAAUACUACUAAUCCUACUAAUACUACUAAUAUGAAUAAUAAUGAUAAUUCUAUAAAUAAAGUAAAUAAUUUAUCCUCUUCAACUAUGUCAGUUUCAUCAAAUUCAGGAAUAUUGGAUGGUACCAUGAAUAAUCGAUAUUUUAAUCCACAAUUCUUUCAAAAUUAUGGGACUAAUCUUUCAAAUGUACAAAAUUUUCAAUCAUUUAAUACUAAUAAUAAUAGCGGUAAUUUAACUUUAAAUCCGGAAAGAUUAGAUCCAUUGAAGCUAUCUGCAGCUUACUUGAUGCAGUAUUCAAAUCCAGGUGCAACACAAUCAUCAUCAUCAUCAUUAUCUACGGGAACGUCAACUUUUGGGAAUAGUAUAUUACCGUGA